GAACACCUUUCCCAUUAGUCCCUUGCCAGCAUUGAUAUGGCUGAUUUGCUGGAUAGACUGCGGGGGCCCGAGCUGGUAGCUCAGUUUCAGAAGCUGUGUGGACUCAGCCUACUUUCCGAAGAGAAGUCAGCUGGCCAGCACUUUGCAGAAGCUACCAGACAGGAACAGCCUGAUUGCACAGCCCGAUUCCACGCUGCCGCAUGGACCGGGCACCAUGUCGACGCUGCAAACAACGGCACGGUCCCCGGGACUCCGGUUCCUCAGAAGAAAUACAAGAUUGAGAAUUACUUCCUCUAUUACCUAUUUCUGUUUGCUGCCACCUUGGGCCAGGAAGUUUUUUACAUCACCUUCCUUCCUUUUUGCUUCUGGAAUAUUGAUCCAUACGUGGCUCGGAGGGUGAUCAAUAUCUGGGCAGUUGUCAUGUACAUUGGCCAGGCUUCCAAAGAUGUCUUAAAAUGGCCGAGGCCUCCAUCGCCUCCAGUGGUCAAGCUUGAAGUACGGGUGGAUGCAGAGUAUGGGAUGCCCUCCACUCAUGCCAUGGCUGCCACUGCAAUCCCCUUCACCUUCCUUCUGGCUACAAUGGAUAGGUACAAGUAUCCUUUUGAGCUGGGACUUCUGCUAGCUUUGGCUAUUUGUACCUUGGUCUCCCUUAGCCGUAUUUACACAGGAAUGCACACGGUUUUGGAUGUGCUGUGUGGAAUUGCAAUCACUGCGGUGCUGGUGGCCUUUUCCUACCCUUUCUGGGAUGCUCUGGAAAACUUCCAGAUGAGGCACAGAUUCGCCCCGAUACUGGCGCUGUCGCUGUCCUUCCUGGUGUCUAUCUAUUACCCUGAGCUGGAUCACUGGAGCACAGCCCGGGGAGACACCACCAACAUUGUGAGCGCGGGCGGCGGCGCGGCCUUGGCCACCUGGAUCAAUCACCAGUGGAGCCUCCUUCCAGAAACUUCGGCCGCCCCACCCUACGGCAUUCCCGCGCUGUCUGCGCCAUUGAUCUGCAGGAUGGGCGCCCGAUUCGCCAUCGGCAUCGUCAUCGUGUUCAUCGCUCGGCACCUGAUCAAGUCAGUCGCCCUGACUCUGGUCUGCAGAUUGGCCGGAGUCUCCCCCACGGACCGGGAGUCUCGGAAACUGCUGAGGGUCGAGGUCCCCUACAAGUACAUCACCUACAGCUGCUUGGGGGUGGUGGGACUCACUGUGUGCCCCGCAGUACACCGCUACUUAGCGCUUUGAACGUUGAUGCGUGUUGGAGGCAGUGAGGAGAGUGUAGUAUUGGAUGGACUGAUUGUUCUCGCUCCUUCACUGAGGGAUUGGGGGCGGUGGUGGGUUAAAUUGGAGCUGGGUCCGCCCAGCUCCAGGAAUAAACUGACCAGGGCCGGCCUCCGAAACCGAUUUACUCCGAUGCAGCUCCCCCCGGUCAGGGGGUGGAGCAGGCCGCCGGAGACAGAGGCGCCAUCCAAACGAAGGGCAUCCCAGCGGCGUGCCGCCUCCCCUUUCACCCCCCCCCCCAAAAUAUUUAGUAACCCUCCGUUUCGAGGCGCCUCCUCAUUCUCGAGCCUACCUCGGAAGGCCCUGCCUCUUAAGUUUGAGCAAAUCACCGACUGAGGCCACUUCCAGGAAUUUGCUCCCGACAGUUUGGGCGAGUGGUCACGGCAGGUUCGGGGCAAUCCCUACCCCUGACGUCAGGGUCUGGAGGCCUUGCCUUAGCUCGGGUUUAGUGAGAAACCUGAGGGACGGUAGGGUCAUUGCUCACCGAAGAAGACCUCAAUCAACCGGUUCUCAUGGAUACUUUCCUCUGUUAUCGUACCGAUCCUUCUUCCCUGUAUCCUGGGCUGAGACCAACGAAUAGAAUCACAUUGUGUUUCUCAAUUACCCUCCCCCCUCAACGCUACAGGUUUCUCGAUUUUUACCCCAGCAGUUCCUUCACACAACGAACGUUCAUUCAAAUAAGCAAGUUCAUAUUGUGAAUUCGAGCUCCUUCUCAUUCACUCCUUUUUUUUGGAACUAAGAUUUAACCUGACGUUUGGUUUGAUUUAGCCAGGUCUUCCCGUGGUUAAAUCGUACGUCACUAACGUAUUUCAACGAGGAAUAGAUCACACGUAGGAAAUAGGGCUCUUCUAGUGCCGUGAUAGCGUCCUUUUCCUUUAACCCAGGACUUUCUGAAGGGUCUAGGCCCGAAAUGUCAGCUUUUGUGCUCCUGAGAUGCUCAUUGGCCUACUGUGUUCAUCCAGCUUCACACUUUGUUAUCUUGGAUUCUCCAGCAUCUGCAGUUUCCAUUAUCUCGGUUCAGGCCCCACCUGCUUUGGAAUUGGGCAAUAAUUUGUCUGAAUGGAUUGAUUAGAAAAUAGGUUCGAAUGUAGGAACUCAGUUGCUUUUGUGUGAGAUUUGCUGUCACUGUCUAGGUCGCAACUGGAUCAUUGAUGUUUUUUAAACAUAGAAAAAAAAGUUGGAAUUCUUGUGUCCCUUUUAAAUGGAGAGUUUACAAAAAUCUGUCUGCACUGAGGCCAGUAUGGCUAUGUUCUUUUGUAGGGACUGUACUGGUAAUAUCAUGGGAGGGGAAGAGGAGAUGUUUUACAGUUUUUGGCUGAAUGGCUGGGAUACUGGGCCUUGAAACUUAAGCAAGAUUCCUCCAAGUACACAGUGUUGAUUAUUCCAAGGGUCUAAAUGCAGACUUGCAAUUUGUUUUGCAGAGUGUGAGUUGAGCUGUUUCCUUCCCGGCUUCACUGCACAGUUCCAGGGGCCAUUUCUGAAAACAGGAAAGAAAAUUCAAGUGACUACCAGUGCAGAUUGGCCCACACUGUGGCCACAAUAGCCCUUACUGAUUGCAAUCACAGCCGUUUGGGUGGCUCCCUUUAAUCCUUAUGGAUAGGUUUCUGAAAUAAAAAUUCCAGAUCAGAGUAUUCCUGUCUACACUUUCCUACCAAGCAUUGCCCAGAGCAAGGCUGUAUCUAGAAUUCAUUCGAUCGAAUUAAGCUCAGUCUACGUUAUCUCAUCAGGCAAUCUUGGGGAAGGUGCAGAACUGGUUAGACGCAGAGUAAAAUUUCCUCUGCACUAUGAAACAAACAUAUCAACCCACAGUAGAUAUGUCACAGGUUAAAGCAGAUUAACGCUCAGCCAUUUUGAUGAUGAAAUUCCUGGUAGUCUUCUUGAUCUGACUUGCCUUAAACUGGAGUGUUGAUGAAAGGGUUCAAACCCUUCAGUGUGAAUGCCGUUAGUGCACUGGAUUGCAGAGGGGAAAACAUUCAUGUAUCCUAUUCCUGAAUAUGUCCAAUGACUGCUGAUAGAAUUCCAAUCAAAACUGAAUAAACUCCUUCCUCUGGAAAAGAGAUUAGGAAUGACCUAGCAGAGCUCAUUAAAAGAGGAUGGAUACAAAGACAUUUUCACUUGCAGGUGUAAUAAGCCUGAGAAUGGUGAGAAUCUAGUACUCAAUUCUAAGUGGAUUGUUUGAAGUGAAUAGCAUAAGUGUAUUUAAGAGAAAGCUAAAUAAAUGGUGAAAGAAAAAGGAAUAGAAGGAUAUGCUCAUAGGGUAGGAACGCUGGGGUGGAUCAUUAACACAGGUACGGAAUAUUGAACUGGAUUGUCUUGUCCCUGUGCUGCACAGAUUCUGUACUUUUUAUUGAGUGUUGUUUGGAUAUGGAGCAAGGCCAGGAAAGACCAUGAUAUCAUCUUUAUGAUGACACUCAUGUCCAGACUGAUGGGCAAAAUGAUAGCUGGGAUAGGGAACGGGGUUGGAGGUUGGAAGUGAACCAUUGCCAGGGCUGUUUGAAUUGUAUCAGUGUUGAGUCAGGCAGAAAAGGGUAAGGAGGCUGAGUGAAGCUUCCCUCUGAUUUAGGGAAACUGUCCAUGUUUAUUUGGAGACUCGUGUUCAAGGAAUCGGUCACCUUUAGACCAAAAACUAAUGAGCUGUAAGUUUCGACAUGAAUGAAACAAUCGUUAUAAACCCUGCAUGAGGGGUCUAUUGUAAUCAGUGAGUUUAACAGAUGCAUACAUGUGGAGGUGCAGAUUAUUGAAUUGAAUAUUUGUGUAAAUAGUGCGGCCGUGUGUUGGCAUGACAACGAAUGCUAAAACGGCAGCAUGUUUUGAAAACUAGAGCAGUGAAAUACUUUUAAUUAGCACACCUUGGUCCCUCAGGGAAUCUAACAUUGACACAUAAACACAGGGUGCGGAGAGAGAUUUAUAAUGACAUGUUUAGGCAGGAGUUAAAAUACAGAUCAGUUUAGAAAGAUGAAACAAAAACAGAAAUUGAUGGAGAUAGUCAGUAGGUCUGUGAAGAGUAAAGCGGAGACAAUGUUUCUUGUCUUGAAUUUCUCCAGAAAUUUCUGUUUUUCUUUCCGAUUUCCAGCACCCCCAUUUCUUGAUUUUACUUUACAGCUUAGGAAGAUACCUUUAUAACAUUUGUUGUUGUCUUUUUCAAGCUGUGUGCUGUUUCAGGUGAGUGAGGGAUAUUUGAAUUGGAGAUAAGACGCUGCCGUUCUCUACAUUCAGUCAAUCAAUUCCAGAACAAUUCCGAUACAACACAGGCACAACGCAGUCUAUGGACUGUUGUCACUUUCAAGCCAACCUCGGAACAGCGCCCUCCACCGCACCAGUGUAGAAUCCUCAUUUUCUCCCCCACGGUAUUUCGCUGUUUCUCUGAGUGAUAAAGGCCCAUAGUUCGUGCAAAUUAAAUUGACUCAAUUAAAUUGAUUCACUUAUCAUCGAGAAGGACCACCAGCUGCAAUUUCUCCUUCGUGCUAUGUACCAGCCUGACUUGGAACUAUAUCACGACUCCUUUACUGUCGCUAGGUCAAAAUGCCAAAACGCCUUCCCUAACUGCCCAUUAGAUGGAUUGUAAUGUCGUUUAUACGCAGUAAAGGACGGGCAAACAAAUGCUGGCCUUGCCAGAGGUGGCCAAAAUGUGCCUUUUGAUUUAUAGCCAGCAGAGAGAGCCGCCAACUUCCAACACAAUGCUUGGUUUGAACCACGCUUCCAGAGGUGAAAGACCACUGCCUAUCCCAGUGAACCACCCAGGUGAACACCAUUGACUUUAGGGAAUCAAAUUCUUGCCCCGAUCCCUAACCCUGACCACGUUUUGCUAGAACAUAGCCUGCUCCUACCCUUUCCCACAUCAUCCCUCCUCUAUCCCAUUAUGCUUUUAUCUCCUCGCGCUCCCUGUCCCUUCUGCUGGUGAGGGAGUCCACGAGAAGUGAGUAUGAUCGCAAAAUCAGAGCUAGGCCAUUCGAACGAAAGGAAGCAUUCCUCAUACUAAGGGUAGACAAUUGUGUAGCUAUCUCACCAAAAGCAGUAGCUCAAUCCCAUUUGUAAUGAAACACUUGUAUACCACACCCAUUUGCAUUCCCAUAAACCUGGAAUCGCACGGUGCUGGGAACUCCUCCCUAAUUUUUCCCUUUCCACUGGAGAGACCAAUUGUAACACGGCCGCUAUUAUCGCACGGGAGGAAACCAUUCAGAGACAGCAGACGGGGGCAAUCCAUGUCCGGGGAGGUAACUUGUUUGAACAAGCUACGAUUGUUAAAGAAAAAAUAGGUGGAGGAAACACAGAAACGGACAUUGGAAAUAGAAGCAGGACUAGCCCAUUUGGUCUGUUCCAUCACUUAAUAUGAUCAUGACUGAUUAUUCCACUUUGUAACCUGUUCCCACUUUCUCCCCAAACCAUUUGAUUUCUUUGGCCCUACAAACUAUAUCUAUCUAAAUCUGUAUCUAAUCUAUUUUUCUAAUAAAAUAGCCCAUCUCCUGGAUUUAUAUCAUCAGAGUUGAAUUGUCUCUCGUCAGCCUGAUGACAAAAUAAGUCUUUCUAGAAUUGGUUUACUAAGAUAAUCUAAAUGCUCACCAAAUACCUGGCCGUUCUUAAGAUGAAAAAAGAAAAGUUGUGUUGUGAAAUAAUCUUACUGGAUUUUGAGGGAUUGCCCAGACCACCAUCACAGGUGAGAUCUGCUUAUUUAGCUCUGGCCAUGGACUGAACCUGGAGGUCGCUACAAGACCGAGCCACCAGGGGAAGCUAAAGGAAGUUUAUCCACUGUGAACAUGAUAUACCCGCUUCUAAUCUCUCUGCUUUUUGUAUCUGAGGGCUUUCACUGAAGCUGGUGAUUGUUAUCAGGCACCUGCAAUACAAACUCGAUGACUCACAUUUCCUUUGUGACCUUGUGAGAGAAUUGGCAAAUUGCAGCUUCUUAGCUGUUAAGUAGAGUGUUGUCUUCAAUGUACCAAGCUAACACAAAUUUAGUUAGCUAGUUUGAUACUCCACUACUAAUGGAGUAAUAUACUGUUGGAGAUGCCAGCCUUCAAAUGAGCAACUAAGUUGAGACACUAUCCUCUUAGUUGAAUAUAAAUGAAUCUAUUUGAAACAGAGAAGGAUAGUUCUCUCUCUUCCCCUAGUCAAUAAUUACCCCACAGUGAAAAUCACUAAUCAGUUAAUGAUAAUUCUUGUUGCCUUUUGUUGAUGAUUAUUGUACUCAAGUUGGCUGCUGUAUUUCCUACAUUACAGGUGUCUGAAAUCAAAGUAUUUUGAGAUCAGUAAAAUUUUUUGGCUUUUGAAACGUGAUAUAAUUGGUCUUCCUUCUCAUAGGCAACAGGUUGCAAUCUUUAUGAGAAAAGGCAACUUGAUAUAUUGUGGCUGUUUCUUCAUCUGCCUCACGUGCUUUGUGUUACUCCUUAAUUCAGUUAAAAAUGGUCAAAGUACAAUGACCUCUCUGACUGGACGAGUGACAAAAGGAUAUCGGGGCAAACUUUUUAUGUAGAGAUAAUGGGAACCACAGAUUCUGGAGAAUCUGAGAUAACAAAGUGUGGAGCUAGAUGAACACAGCAGGCCAGGCAGCAUCUUAGGAUGCUGUUUGGUCAGCUGUUUUCAUCCAGCUCUUCUUACAUAGAGAGUGAUUUGUGUUUGGAAUGAAUUGCUAGAGAAAUUGAUGGUUGCAUGUACAAUUACAGCAUUAAUGUCAAAGAGGAGACAGGGUCUCAGUUUAGUGUCUCAUCCAACAGUUAAAAGCUCCAAUAGUACAGCACUAACUCGGUGCCAAUGUUAAUUUGGACUAGAGCCUGAUCAUAAUUCUGGAUUCUGAGGCAAGAGGACAACCCUUGGCAUGCUACCCAUGGAUUGUCUUAAGCUAAAAUGUGAAAGCUUUUCUUCAUCUUUAUUCCAGUAUCAAAAUAAUUUAUAAAUAGUACACUUUUAAGAUUUGUUGAUGGUACCAAAUUUGGAGGAUUGGCUAACAGUGAAGAAGAAACAAAUCAACUACAACAGGGUAUAGACAGGCAAACAGAAUGUUCAAACUAGUGGUAGUAUGAAUUUAAUGCAGGCAAGUGUAAAAUGAAGCAUUUUGGCAGAAGAGAUAGGGAGAGGAAUAUAUUUAUAUUUAUGUCACAGUUUGAAAGAAUGAGAGAGACCUAGGAGGUUCAUGUGCAUAGAUCUUUGAAAGUGGCAGAACAUGUUGGAAAAUAGGUUAGAAAGGUAGAUGGGUUUUCAUAAAUCGAGCAAUGAGUAUAAAAUAUUAGUAUAAGUAAAACUUAACAAAUUUCUUUUUAUAAAUCUGAUUAGGCCACAACUAUGACUCUCGAACUAGAUUUUUACAUGGAGUACUGAUUACCACACUUUAGAUAAUAUGUGAGGGUCCUUUAGCAGUUGCAAACAGGAUUUACCAGAAUAAUUCUAGCAAGUUUCUUAGCUACAAAGUUUGUUUUGAGAAGUUGGGGUUGUUCUGUUUAGAACCAAGGACAUUGGGGAAUGGAUUUGUUAAACAUUAAAUGAAAGGUUUUGGUCAAAAGUUGGAGUGAGAUGUCAUAGCCACACCAUCAUGCAGCAUUAAAAAGAGCCUUCAGUCCAACCAGUCCAUGCCAAGCAUGUUUCCAAACUAAACUAGUCCCACUUGCCUGCACUUGACCCAUAUCUCUCCAAACCUUUCCUAUUCAUGCCCUUGUCCAAAUGUUUUUAAGUGGUGUAAUUGUAUGUGCAUCCACCACUUCCUCGGGCAGUUCAUUCCACAUACAAAGCACACUCUGUUAAAAAGUUGCCCCUUAUGUCCUUUUUAAAACUGUCUCCUCUCAGGAUGUGAAAGAACUAUUUUUGUGCAGUGAUUGAUAAUGAUCUGCUACUUACUGCCUGUGCUGAUGAUGUAAGCAGAAAGGAUCUUGACUUCAAAAUAAGCAUUUGAUGGAAAUACAUUUUGAACUUCUAGGACACAGUGAGGGAAUGGAACUGAAGGUUUUCAUGACAGAAAGCUGAGGUGGACUCAAUAGGGUGAAUAGCUACUAUCCAUGGGCUUGUUGUGUAAGAGUUAUACAACAUGAGUUCAUUCAUUCAGCAAUGUUAACAUAAUAACACCGUCCAGGUUCCUUCACAAAAAGUUAACAAGCAAAAUGUUAGGGUGAGCUGCAUAUGAAGACAUUAGGAAAAGAAAAACCUUUGCCACAGUGAAGAUGGUGCAGGGAUGCACAAAGUUUUGGGCACUGGAUUUCUAGUCCAGUUCGUGAUCCAAAGUGUUACAAGUUGCUUAACACUGAAAUAAAUCAUUUGGCUCAAUAGGUCCAUUCCAGUGUUUGUGCUCCUCAGUGUCACAUCCUACGCUCCUAUGUCUAACCUAUCACCUUACCCAUCUAUUCCGUUCUCCCUCAUCUGUUUAUCCAGCUCUGAUUUCAAUACAUCUAUUCAGUAUUAUGUAUUAAAGACAACUGCUCCUCAAGGCACUGAGUACCAGAUUCCAACUACCUUCUUGGUAAAGAAGUUUCUCCUGAUUUUCUAUUGGAUUUAUUAAUAAUAAUUAACUUCAUUAGUUAAAUUUAUGAUUAUCCUGCUCUCAUCACUGAGUACCACAAAGGGCAAUAUCUCUGUUCAAUCAGAACAGAUCAAGAAUUAUUUUGGAAUCCAAACUAUAAACUAAUUUUUGUGUUAAAAUGUGUGUUUCAACCAGAAAUUAUGGAAAUUUUCUAUUUAUUGAAACUUGCAAAUUAAAAAUGGAGGCAGGAGCACAGUUUGAAAAGAUUGGGAAAAAGAUGAAUUGUUCCCAUUAGUCUUGAGUAUAGUUAAGGAUCAGGUGCUUAAUGAAGAAAGAUUUCAUUUAUAAAUGUAAUAUUGCUGGUAAUGAUAGAAUCCAGAGCACUUUUUUUUCCCUUUAUGGGAUGAGGGCAUCACUGGGUAGGCAGCAUUUAUUGCCCACUCAUCAGUUAAGAAUCAACCACAUUCCUGUGGGUCUGGAGUCACAUGUAGGCCAGAUCAGGAAAGGAUGGCAGUUUCCUUCCCUAAAGGACAUUUGUGAACCAGAUGGGUCUUUCCCAACAAUUGACAAUCAUCAAUAGGCUCUUAAUUCCAGAUAUUUAUUGAAUUCAAAUUCCACUACCUGCUGUGGCGGGAUUCAAAUCCAGGUCCCCAGAACAUUGUCUGGGCCUCUGGAUUAACUGUCCAGCGAUAAUACCACUAGGCUAUCACCCCGCUUACUUUAGGAGGGCUCCCAAUAGGAAAGUUAUAAUGAGGAACGUAUAUGUGUCUGAUCAGCUGCAAAGUCUGGGGGGAGCUUGGUAAAGCGAACCUGGAAAUCCUGCUGAGUGUUGAUGAUGCUGGAAAGGAGCCAGUGUUAAAUGAUGGGUGAUUGAGAAGUGAUUAAGUACAUUUAAAACAUUUACACGGUACUACUUCAUCCUUUCCAGGCUUUCUUCCAGGGCCAUGCUGUCAGACAAUGACACCAGGCAAAGUUACACUCCUGUAAAGCUGCAGAUGAGGUUGCUUCGAGUCACAUGUUAUUGUUGAUAGCAAGAACAGAUCAUAGUGAGAAACAUUCAGAAUACGGGGUCCUGUAUGAUAAUAAAAACAUUUCAAAGCACCAUCUCAACACUACAUUGGAACUAAUUGUCUAGCCACGUGUUCAAGCCUUCAGUGUUUGGAUGAAGAGUCUUAACUAAUAAAUCAAGUUAAGUUCUUGGUUUUGUACUGUACUAGUAUCCUGGGAAUGAAUGGAGGCUACUUUGUUUAGCUUCCAAAGUACUGCUGAUUGUGGUGAUUGGUAACAUGGUUUAGUAUAGCAGUCCUGGAUACCCCUUCCCCAUCUCUCUGUUGAGAAGCUGUGGCUGUUUCAAGAAGUUUCUGCCUUUGUGUUUAUAUGACCCACUUUUCUAAUGGGAACCACAACUAAAUCAAAUUACAUCUUGACAAACACCAGAGAAUAUGACAACUGAAUAUGAUCCCCCAGAAAUCACUUUAUAUAGACUCCAGAAGGAAAAACUUCUGAUGUGCCCUAUCAUGAAAAAAAAUUCAAAUAAAAUUGAAAACGCAGACAGUGACACUAAAAAUGUAAAGGAUGAUAUUACAGCUUUUUGUCUUUGAUGAAUAAAUAUUUGGGUAUUAACAAACCUUUCUGAGAUAGGUACAGAUGUAACUUUUGACUCUGAGGAUUUUUCGGAGAGGCUGAGGACAUAGAGAAUGACGCACAGGAUUCAUACUGAAAGAUAAUUGAACUUGAAUCAAGCCAUGUAAAACAUAAAAGUAAAUUUGUUGUGAAAAGAAUUUUGCCAAAUAUUGUUUUUAAGAAUAAAAUUUUGUGUGAAUUCA